CUUCCGAAGAGCACCCAGUAGUCUUGCUUUUAUUAGGCGCACGAAGGGUGGCCGAUUACGUGCGGAGUACGGAAUCGCCACCCGAUAGAAGACAUCGGAUCCUGUUUUGGAAAGCUUUUGCGGCGUAGCGACAAGGUUGGGAAAAAGGAAGUGCCGUCAUAGCGAAUCUUUACGAAUCGGCAAGAUUCCUACCUCGUCAGUGUUGAUCGGUUGAUACAAGGAGAUCAAGUUCGACUCGGCAGCAUUCCGAAACCAGCGCUAUCCGUUUCGCACAAGGGACCUCGAGGGCGGUAAAAGUAUUUUCAUCGGAGCGACUUUCAAUCAGCUCAGUUCCUUGAAACGCGUCCUUAGACGCAUUGGUGGCAGCUAGUCCGAAUUUCUUUACCUGCGCAGAAAAGGGACUCAAAGGCGACGGAGAGAAGCGCAGUGGCAGUUCGCGUUAGCGUAGCCUAGCACAGAAAACACGAGCCUCUAGAGAUGGCGUUCCCACCAAGGAUCCUUCGUCGUCGGACCUACCUCGUCGUGUUCGCGGCGGCGUUGAUCAUGUGCGGACACGUAGCGGGGUCCGCGAACGUCGAAUUUCCCUCCGAAAAGGGCGCCAUCGCCUCCGGAAGUGUGGACUCCGGGCCCGCAUCUUGGCAGCCGACGACGCCGGUGCCGAGCACGACGACGACGACCACGACGACGACACGUGCUCCGAACAUGAUGGAUAGAGCUCGGAAACUGAUAGCCGAGGCCAUGCGGUCGGCCGAGGGCUCGCCGCUGUUGCGUCGACUCAUGAGGACAGAGGUGUCGCCCGAUUGCACCAUAGGCCUGCUGCGAUUCAUGCGUGACAUGCGGAACCUCGAGCCGUGGGCUGUGAGGCUGAUCGACGCGAGCGGAAAGUACCCCUCCGGGCUGUUCCAGGGCACCAUCUCGGACAUCGGCGCGUACGACGAGUGCGUCGAGACGGUGGUGCACGACCAGUUCGGUCACGUGACAGUGAGCGGACAGUACUGCAACAUGUACGUCAAGCUCGUCAAUGACACGUCCCUCCUGGACCACAUGUUGCCAGCGUUUCUCAUGACUAACAGACGGACUACGGAGCUCUUCCAUCUUCUCGAUGAUGAACGUGUAAGAGGCCUGCGGGUUGGAAUAUGCACCAUGUCUGACUGCUCCAGAGAAGACAUCCAGGCCAUUGCGAACACGAUUACUGAGGGAAUUGCGAAGAUCACAGUGAACGAUUGCGUCACUGGGGAGCCUGUACCUAUCUCGGACUGGCAGAUAGCGCUCAUAGCUCUUGCGGUUGCGAACGUCCUCUUGUUGGUCUUCAGCACUUCGUUUGACAUGUAUGCCAAGAAGAAACAAAUGAAAAGAACCCUUGUGGUGAAGCUCCUGACUGCCUUCUCGGUGCCCCGUAACACGAACAUACUGCUCUAUGUGACGCAUAACAGCAGCUCUGAGGCGUACUGCUAUCGGUUCCUGCACGGCCUUCGCUUCUUCAGCUUGUUCUGGAUCGUGCUCGGCCACUCGUCUAUGGCAUUCGAUCCAGUCAUCUCGAGGUUUGCCAACGUCCUGGAAGCCACAGGAACCUGGUUCUACUGUACCUUUUCAACGGCCUUCCUCAGCGUUGAUACAUUCUUUUACCUGAGCGGAUUUCUUCUGGCUUACAACGUGGUCAAGGUUGAUUUGGAUGCCUGGAUCAUCAUUGCGGUCGCGCUGACUCGUCGAAUUAUCAGGGUAAUGAUACCCGUCACCUACGUAAUCUUGGCCUUCUUCCUGGUCCCUCUGUUCUACUCGGGCCCCAACUCCAAGCUGCUCUUCGACAAUUACCACGAAGAAAUUACUGGCCGCUGGUGGCAGCUGCUCCUACAAAUCCGCAACUUCUACAACUCCACCGAUAUGGAAUGCUUUUCCCACCUGUGGUACUUGUCUACAGACUUCCAGCUGUUCCUGGUCUGCAUCUUUAUCCUGGCUCUGCUCAGAAAGCGGCAAACCUGGAUGAUGUGGACCUUCCUGGGCCUCUCGCUCUUCUGCAGCAUAUUCUCCGCGUGGCAAAUGCAGACUGGAAAAUAUCUCCCGGUCAUCCCAUCGGUGGUUGGAGAUCUCACGACUAUAGCAAACACAUUCAAUGAGGUGUACAUGAUGCCCACCUUUCAUGGAGCCAGCUACUUCUUGGGAUGUGUCACCGUACUCUACCUGCAGAAGUACAAGAAGGCUGAGAUGUCGCGGACUACGGAGGUUGUGCUUUGGUGCGCCAGUGUUGCCUGUGCGCUGACCUGCGUCCUAGCUCGUCGCCGCUGGAACGCAGGCCUCGUGAACCCUGGUGCUUGGGAGGAUGUUGCGUUCGCCUUCUUCGACCGACUCCUGUGGUCUGCUUUUCUCAGCUGGCUAGUCAUCGCCUGUGCCCGUGGCCGAGGAGGCUUCGUCGGCAGAUUCCUGUCAUGGAGUGCUUUCGUGCCUUUGAGUCGGCUGUCCUUCGGCGUGUACCUGGUGCACCUUCCGUACUACGUCGUCAUGUGCUUCGUCUCCAGAGAGCGCAUUUUCUACUCUAUGCUCGGAGUGGUGUCGACAGCGUUUUCGAUCUUCGUUUGGAGCUGCUUCUUGAGUUACGGCAUUUUCAUUCUCUGCGAGUGUCCGACAGGCGUAAUCGAGAAGACAUUCUUGGCCUUCAACGAAAUCGAGAAGACUACUCACGGGAACCAGCACUUCAGGCAUGACGGUGCGAGCGGCAAGGGCUGGGCGUCCGCCGCGAACGGCAAGAAGCAGCCGCCCAUCAUACCCACGGUCAUCGUGGGACAGGAACAGUUUUCAGCGACAGCCGCAACCGGUGGCGCUGCGCAGCCGGAGACCGCGCCGCAGACGUGUCGCUUAUGAGUGACUAAAACGCAGACGUGUCGCUUAUGAGUGACUAAAACGCAGACGUGUCGCUUAUGAGUGACUAAAACGCCACUACCAAUCGCGAUAGCUCAUCGAUACGAACUGCUCUUUUUUUUUCACAUUUGCGUCCAGUGAAGCCAGUGUUGCGCUUUUCGUGAGCACCUCUCCCAUCACACGCUGUGUCGACAUGACGGGCAUCGUGAACUUCGUCGUGUGACCGUUUUCGUGUGUGGACUCGCGGACUUGAAGGGUGUGUGCGUGUGUUUCGUGUGUGCGGGUUGAAUACCGGAUCGGAGGUGUGGACAACCCGAAGCCAAAGACGGGCCCGCGAAAGGGACGCCAGUGACCUUCGUGUCAGAAGGUAUAGAGUUCGCCGGCCUCGUGGAACGCUGAUAUGUGGCAGCUGCUAAAUAGGUGUACUCAUGAACUGUGCAAUCAUUUAGAACGCGUCUUUUCUGUAGUUUUGUCGCGAACGGGCAUCGGCUGGUAUCGUUUCCCACCUGAACACUUUGAAGACAAACUAUUCGGGGACAGUUUUCUUACAAUUUCGACAGAAUGAUCACGAAAAUUGCGACACGUUGAGUUUUAGACCAGAUUGUUCCAGCAUAUUAUUCACUGCAUAUAUUCAUUAUAAAAAAGGGCCUCUGCAGGGAACCAUGUGAGAGCCUUUUGUUAAAGCUGUUUCAUGAAUCUGCCAAUUGCAUGAGAGUAGCUCAUGCUUUACGAAGGUUUUCAUUAUAUCAUUUUGCUGUCUGUAUACGCUGAGCAGUGAGAAAAAGAAAGUCUUUUGUUCCUGGAAAUGAGAAGGUCGAAAAAUUGAUGAAAAAAUCUCACGCUAAACAGCAGUGCAGCUUCAUACAGGGUAUUUAUCGAACUCCCAGCGUUCUGUGUAUUUAAUUGUAGGCGUUGUUUAAAGGCACACGUAGUGCAGAAUGUCUGUAAUGAGCGGUGCUGGCUGGUUGAUGAAGGUUCUCAAUGUUCACUAGUCUUUACAAUCCCAGCACAUCUGGGAAAGCUCGUUUCUUGUGAUUAUCUUGUAUUUUCACUUGUCAACCUCCCUAAAGCACUCGUACGUGAAACCGAUUACCUAAUGUCUUGUAAUGGCGGUAAGUUAAGAUUCUCUAUUCAACCAUUGUGAAUAUUUUGUACAUACAAUACAUUUUUUGGGGAAAAAAGUUAUCCUUUCUUUAAACAUUGAUGGUGAAAUAAACUUGAAUAUGCGACUCGA